ACUCUUGAAGUUUCUGAGGCUUCCUUCCUCCAGUCCACUCAUAUCAAAAGCAUAGGCGCUGUCUGUCUGUUAGUUUUGUGUUUCCCUUAUCUCUCUCUCUCUCUCUCUCUCUGAGCUAUUCAGCAAUGGCUACUGUACUCAAAACUCCAACCAUAAUCCAAGCGCCCUUCACGCCACGCACUUGUUCCGUAUCCUCAAAAUCCCAAAAACCCUUUUGCGUGUCUUUCAGACACAGUACUUCCAGACCUUCGCCUUUAACUUCUCUCCGGUUCUCCCACCUACCCUCCUCCCUACGCUUCGUCAAGUUCGUUCCUUUUUCUUCCUCCGGUGAAACUGACACCACUGAGACCCAGACCCAAGAAGAGGUUCAAGAACCUCAGCAGCAACAGCAACAGCAACAACAACAAGUCCAGGACAUUGUGGAUGGUGCUGCUGGCGUUGAAGAUGUUUCAAGUGAUGAUGAUGUUAAUGGUGCUGAGGAAGUACCUGCUUCAGCCAUUGUAUCUUCACUCCAGUUGUACAAGGAAGCUUUAGCUAGCAAUGAUGAAUCCGGGGUUGCCGAAAUAGAAUCUUUUUUAAAAUCCAUUGAAGAGGAGAAAAUAAGCCUUGAGAGGAAAGUAGCUUCUCUGUCUGAAGAACUGUUGACAGAGAAGGAGCGAAUUCUUAGGAUUAGUGCAGACUUUGACAAUUUCCGGAAGAGGACAGAGAGGGACAGACUUUCACUGUUAACAAAUGCUCAGGGGGAAGUUGUGGAAAGUUUGUUGCCCGUAUUGGAUAACUUUGAGAGAGCUAAAACCCAGAUUAAAGUAGAGACCGAGGGGGAAGAGAAGAUCAACAAUAGUUAUCAAAGCAUAUCUAAGCAGUUCAUAGAGAUACUAAACUCACUUGGUGUUGUUCCUGUUGAGACUGUAGGAAACCCCUUUGAUCCAUUGCUGCAUGAAGCAAUUAUGCGCGAGGAUUCCAAUGAAUAUGAAGAAGGUAUAAUUAUUCAAGAAUUUCGCAAAGGGUUCAAACUUGGUGAUAGACUCUUGCGUCCAUCAAUGGUAAAGGUAUCUGCUGGUCCAGGACCUGCAAAGCCUGAAGAAGUGGAGUCGACAGAGGGGCAUGAUACAGGUGAAACAACUGAGGAGGGCACUGCCAAAUCAGAUUCUACUUAAAAGUACAACUACACAAGUAAAUUCAAUUUUGUAACAGCAGGGAUUAUUGUAUUGGUAUCUUUCAUUUGUAAGACUAAUUUAGUGAGAUGUGAUUAUUGUCGAAUAGAACAUCACUAUGAUUUUGCUGUCAUGGAUAAAUUGAUGUUGCUUGGAGGGAAUAGCAAAUUUUAAAGAAGUUUAGACAUUCAUUUCAUUUAUUAUCACA